UGAUUCUACCUCCCUAGACUUGGGCAGGGCUUACCUAUAAAAGCCUACGAGCUGCCCCUCAAAGAUGUAGUACUUUACAGUGUAUCACACAAGAAAGAUCACCAUGAAAUUCAUCAUCGCUCUUGUCGCCGUGGUGUUGGCCGCCGCCGCCGAAGCUUCUCCGAUAAAUGCUUGGCAAGGUGGCUGGCAGGAUCCAUGGAAAAAUAGCGGAUGGCAAAAUAAUGGCUGGCAAAAUAGUGGAUGGCAAGAUCCAUGGAAAAAUAGUGGUUGGCAGGAUCCAUGGAAAAGUAGUGGGUGGCAAAAUCAGGGCUGGCAAAAUCAGGGCUGGCAGCCAAAGGGCCACCAUGAACACUAUGUUCACGCCAUCCAUGUCAACCAACCACCAUCAAUCCCAGCUCUUCACCCAGAACCCCUUCACUUGAAGGGACAUGAUCACCCCAACCACAUCCACUACUCGGCUCCUCAUGUUCAUCACCCCCACCUUGUCGGAUACGAAGUCCAACAUCAUCAUGAAGAGCCCGAAAUCAAGAACGUCAAGCACGGAUGGUAAGCAACGGUGUUCUGAGGCGUCAUCUUAUCAAUUGGUCCGUGGUGGUAAAUGUCGUUCACCAAUCAACUUCAAUUGGAUAAAAUAGAACGAUUGGAUCGAGUUCCCCAAUUAAAGGGAGUGUAUAAAAUUUGGAUACCUGGAACGACAGUGCACGUUAGAACUCGAUCCAUGACGUUUUCUUUUUCUUUGGCUGAUACUCAAGUCAAUUCAAUUUCUUUUUGGAGACAACGGAAAUUAAUUCCAAGGACGUCAAUAAACAAAGAAGAAUCAUUGGCAAAAAGAAAAGGCGUCACAGAAAAAAAGCCACCCGGACCACUGACCAGGCAUCCGAAAUAAAAAAUCAUUUUUUUUUGAAAAAAAUCUAUCUUUAUCGUAUUACCACGUCACAUACCCUACAACACUCCCUCCCAACCACCCCUCAAAAAAAUUCCCCCCUUUCAAUCUUAUCAAAACACAGUGUAUCUUUCUGUGCGGCAUGUGAUACUGAAGAAGACAUCAUAACAUCUGAGCCACUGUAUAUUUUUUUUCUGUUCUUCUGCGCAAACGUUUCACUCCCAAGUCCCUCUC